AAUGGCGGCAUAACAAUAACAAGUUAGAGUUUCAAAAUUUGUUAUUUGUUUCAUUGUGUAUAUAUUUUAUUUGUUUUAAGUCAUAUAACAAAAUAAUUCACUACUAAAUAACACAGUAAACCCGAAACUGUAAUAAAUUCAAGUGUUUGGAUUCUAAGUGAAGUGUGGUCCAUAGGUUAUUUGAAAGCCCAAAGCAUUCUGUAAGCAUUAUAAAUUUUUUGAUAGGGUCGAAAACCGAGGGUUGGGGUGAGGAGGGCUGCGACACGUGCGUCCGCACUCCGCAGCUCGACGCAUGCGAGACUGCGGGGCGCCGGCAGCGCAGGCGCGCCCCUCGACCGGUUCAGUCUGCCGCCGGCCACCACGCGCCCAGCCCGCUUCCAGCGCCGCGAGUGAUCCAUGCGAGUGAUGACGAGUGACUAGUGCCAUGAUCGUGAUCCGCUGUGCCCUCUUCGCGGCAAUCCUCGCCGCCGCCGCAGCCGCCUGGCAGGAGAACGUCCGCCCCAAAGUCUUCGCUCAACUAGGAGUCGACGACACUCACAAGUUCCUGGGAAAUGAAACACACACGGAUUAUUUCAGAUUAUUGUUACGAGAUGGGAAUUAUUUACUUGUUGGAGGAAGAAAUGUAGUGUAUAACCUCAGCCUGACGGAUCUGACAGAACAAAGAAGAUUGGUGUGGUAUUCAUCGGAGACGGACGUUCAAAUGUGCGUCGUCAAAGGAAAAGAUGAGGAGAGCUGUCAGAACUACAUUCGAGUCCUGGUGUCUCUUGGUACCGGGCGACUGCUGGUCUGUGGUACCAAUAGCUUCAGGCCGUUCUGCAGGGAGUACAGUGUCCAACGCGACUCAUACCACAUGGAGAAGGAGAAAUCUGGUCAAGCUGUUUGUCCAUACGACCCCGAGCAUAACUCCACUGCUGUUUACGCAGAUGCGGAAUUAUAUUCUGGGACAGUGGCGGAUUUCAGUGGAAUGGAGCCAAUUAUCUACAGGGAACCGUUACAAACAGAGCCCUACGACUCUAUGACGUUAAAUGCACCAGAUUUCGUGAAUUCAUUGGUUCACGGUAAUUUCGUGUAUUUCUUCUUCCGUGAGACCGCUGUCGAGUACAUCAACUGUGGAAAGGCGGUAUUCUCUCGAGUGGCGAGAGUUUGUCGAGACGAUCGCGGCGGUCCUCACAGAUUCAAACAAAGAUGGACCUCUUUCCUGAAGUCGAGACUCAACUGCUCUGUGGCCGGGGACUUCCCCUUUUACUUCAAUGAGAUACAAUCAACCACGGAGUUGAUAGAAGGUGUGUACGGUGGACUAAAUGCCCAGCUAAUAUAUGGAACUUUCACAACUCCACCGAACAGUAUAUCAGGGAGUGCUGUGUGUGCGUUCAGUAUGCAGGACAUAGCUGACACAUUCGAGGGAACCUUUAAGGAACAGAGUGCCAUUAAUUCUAACUGGCUUCCAGUUAAUAGCGCCAAGGUGCCGGAACCCCGACCGGGUACAUGUCACAACGAUUCCAGACAGCUUCCGGACCAGACGUUGAACUUCAUCAAAACUCACGCCCUGAUGGACGAAUCAGUGCCAGCCUUCUUCGGAGAACCAAUCGUUAUUAGAACAAGCUUCCACUAUCGAUUCACUCAAAUCGCUGUCGAUCCGCAAGUGAAGACUCCAGGCGGGAAGGCGUAUGACGUUUUGUUCAUUGGAACAGAUAACGGCAAGAUCAUAAAGGCCAUCAACGCUGUGUCAUACGACUCUAACAAGAGAGCGGUCCCGGUGGUGGUAGAGGAGCUCCAGGCCUUCGCUGCCGGCUCUCCCGUACGAGCUCUUCGUGUAGCUCGAGCUGGUAGAGACGCCGCCAGACUGAUAGCUGUCUCUGAUAGAGAGGUCCUAAGCUUGAGGCUCCAUAGAUGCUCCAGUGAUAAGAUCAGCUCUUGCUCUGAGUGUGUGGCGCUUCAAGACCCGUACUGUGCGUGGGAUAAGCAGGCUGGUCGGUGUCGUUCCUACUCACACGGAGUCAGCAGAUGGUUGGAUGAGAACUCUUUCUACCAAAGUGUCAGCACUGGUAGCCACGCUGCCUGCCCACACAGUAAAGACGCGGGUGCUGUUGGCGGCCUUAGUUCAGGGCUAUACGACCCACCCGGGGAAAACAAGGGUGAAGUCAUCAACAUAGUGCAGGAUAAAGACGGCAAGAAUGGAAACAAUAAUAAUGAAGGGCCAGAAGUUCUAGCCGCUGAUCCGCCACCAGCAGCGUAUUCAGUGGAGACUCUGGCGUUGGCAGUGGCAGCAGGGGCUCUAGCAGCGCUGGGCGCUGGCUUCGCUGCUGGCUACAUCUGUGGUCGGAGGUGCAAGAAGGACGAUGAUGACAACAUGCCCUACCCUGAUACUGAGUAUGAAUACUUCGAGCAACGGCAGAAUAUUAACAGGAUCCAAGCCGAGCCGAAGCUGCUACAACAGGUCGAGGAGGUGACGUACGCAGAGCCUGUCCUAGCUCCGCAGCCUAAACCAGCCUCACCACGCGCCACGCUUCGGAAGCAUCCCCCCUACCACCCGCACCACGAGACCCUGUUCCAGUUCCAACCCGACGCCUACCGUCGGGAUAACUUCGGAACGCUUCGCUCUCAUCAGGUCAAUGGCGAUGGCUACCGUCGCGGUAACGACAACGGGUUCUCGACCACGCGCUCAGUGAAGAAGGUGUACCUCUGAGAAACAAGCGGGGCGGACGCGCACCAAAUGCAUCACAAGCAUACUACACACCAUCACCAUACAUUGGUGUCGCAGCGUAGUAGCGGCUCGUGUUCGGGGACUGCUAGCGGGUCGUCGUCAUCACCGUCUCCGCCGUCGUCCUCGCCGUCCCCUUCGGGAGAGCGACCCCCGACCCCGCCGCCGCCCGCCCCGCAACCCUGCGCCUACAUCUACCGCAAUUAGCGCUUCGCCCCAAACGAACUUUACCAGACUUGUGAUAGGACUUAAAUUCAUAUUGUUGUUGUUGUUCGAAGCCGACUGGUGGCUCGUUUACCGUCUACGAUACUACAAGCGAUGUCCGACCGUCCGUUAAUGUGAGUUAGUUGAUGUGAUGGUGCUGCCUGGCCAGUGCGAGAUUAUCAGCCGGUUUCGUUGUGACAAUCGUUGGAUCGACUCCACCGUGUGAUACAUGUGAGUUGCAUAUUAUAUUUUAUGGCCGUUUCGAUUGAAUUUCUAUUGGCCGAGAUUGUUCAUGUUUGUUACGACUUGAUGUGAAAUGUACGUGUCGUCAACGUGACACUUCUGACGCGGUGUAUUACGUGACAUCUACGUUUAUGACGAUAUUGUAUUUUAUUUUAAUGACGGAAAUAUAAUGACGAUGCAUGUACGAUGUACUAUAAAUGUAACAAUACUGUAGAUUGUUUAGAAUAUACAUAGUUUACUUAUAUUUUUAGGUAAAAAAUAUAAGUUUUGUUGGUACCAUGUUGAUGACUAGGUAGUGUUGUGGAUAUCAUUGCAAUAUUUUCAUUCGUGAGAGUUCACUGUGAGAUGUUAUAAUGAAAGGAUGCAAUGAAUCCACAAAUCGCUUUUUAAUAAUAUAGUAGCACGAUAUAACGUAUAGUGAGGAAUUUUCUAAAAAUAAAAUAUCUAUGUUCCGACAACUAUUCGAUAUGUACUUAAACAUUAUUUAUUUAAUUUGAUAGUCGCUCUCGCUUUUAAUAUUAACGUGUAAUAUCCGGUUCUUAAUAAUGAUAUGAUAAAUGUUAUGGCUUAACCAGUAUGGAAGGAGUAUGUUGUCGGAACAUAGAGGAUGUAACGUUUUCAAUAUAUCGAUGGAGAGAUACGCUAUAUAUUAUAUUUACUCUGUAUAAAUAUGUAAAACCUGAUACUCAUUCAUUGAUUAAAGUGCUUCUUAUGGAUGUAUCUAGAUAUAUAGGAGAUCGUUUUGAUAAUUCGAUAAUGUUAUAGAACUAGUGAUGUAUCUAUAUAUAGUUUAGAUCGCGGUACCGGUGACGGCUGCCAGUAAAGACGGCUAUGAUGGUGCGCCGUUUGUAAAGAUUCUGUGAUCUUACGAUCGUGUAAAUAGUUUGAGGUUGAGCUGCGGGUAUAAUGUUACGUUUCGUCUGGAUAUGAAAGAUGACAGUAUACCCACGGCUUAAUGUUAUUUUUUUAGUCAACAGUCGAUUCUAAAUUAAAAAAACAGACACGUGGGCCAAAUGUUACAAUCUGUUAGAACUUUCCUGUUGCUUUAUGAACUGACGCUUGAACACUAGCUAGCGAGUUGUUUUGUAACGAAGAGUCUAUGCUCAUUCCACUAAUUGUUGACAAUUUAAUGUGUGUAAAGAAAUGUCAAUUCUAUUUGUAAUGAACUAGUGCCUAAGUGUGUGUGGCAGGAUUGUAUUGUGCGAUGUUCUGACCGGCGUAGUUACACCCGAGUGCUGGUGUUAUAGAAAAAGUUGAGUUAAAAAUGAAGUUAACAACAAAAUCAGAAUAAAUAUUCGCAUGAGUUUGUCUUACCAGUGCUCGAGCGUGUUACUAACCCCGUGUAAACGGUACACUGGUGUUUAGUUUGGACUGAUAAGGACAUUAGACUAGCUAUUACAAUAGAAACUACGAAGAAACGCAUAACUUAUAUAAUAUAUUAAAUAUCCUAUAAAUAAUAAAUGAAAAGGCAUUCUAAACAUUGCCUUGUUACAAUACUCACAUUUUUUUCAUGAUUAUACCAAAGAUGCCAUAACUUUUAAAUAAUAUAUUAUUUAUUUAUAGAAGUAAUCGAUUUAACGUAUUGAUUAGUGAAAUGUAUUGUUAUUUUUAAUUGUAAACGUAACUGCCAAUUUUCGUAUAUAUUUUGAUAAUACGCACAUGUUUGUUUGUAUUGAUAUAAAUGGUUUGAUAAUAGACGCUUUUAGCGGUAACGUACUUUUAAACUGGCCAUUUAUUCAAUAUAUCUGAAUUCAAAUAUACACCGCGUCUCAUUAUCUGUAUGAAUUGAAUAACGAACAUCUCACAACUGUAUAGGUUCCAGAUUGAAGAUGAAUUAUUUAACAGCAAUUUUUUUUAUAUAAGAUGUGAAAAUCUAAACGUAACAUUUUACCAAAUUUAUGUGUCAUGUUAUUUUGUUGGAGAGCUUGAGGUUUUUGUUCUAUAUUAAAUAAUUUAUUUGAUCUAACUUCAUAUAUUCGACAUUUGAAUUAUUGUAUUUUCUAUAUUUAUGUUUUUUCUUACUUCAUUUAUUAUAUUUCAUGCAAACAACGUAACCAAUUUAAAAGUUCGUUAUAAAACAAAAAAAUUGACAGAUACGUAAGGAUAGUUUGUAAAUGUAAAUAGAGGUUUCUGUAAUCUAAUUUAUACUUUCGAGUAAAAUAGCAUAAGCGUUAGAAAUAAGCGCGAAAAACAUUUUUGAAGGAAGGAUUGUUAAGAAUUGUUUUUUUUUUUUGUAAUAAUUAAAAAUGGUAAUAUUAAAGAAAUGUACAAUAACCAUUUCUACGUUUAAAAUUACUGAACCACAUUUUAUACUCUUAAAGUUACAUGCCUAGAAAGUCUCUCGUUUUAAGCGUAAAUUAUUAAUUUAUGAAAUAUUGAGAAUUAUAUUAGAUUGUAGUUUAUAUAGACCGCUUAAUUUUUGUGUUGAGACGAAGCCUUAGUGUUAGAAAUUGAAGACUUUAUUAUAUGAUCUGUAAUAACAGAUAAUAAUGAAUCGAUAAUUUUAUUGAAAUGUAAGUGAAUAGUUUCACAUCGUCUCAAACCUACCAUCACAUUAGGUUUUAUAGCGUGUAUAUAUUGAAGUUUAUUUAUAGGGGUAGCUGCGCCCGUUAGAUGACGUGACGCGAUAUAUGCCACUCAUAAAAUUAAAAAAAAAAACAAAGAAAUUCAAUUUGCAAUUGCAAUUUUCCUAUCUUUAUUUCACUAUUUUUUUAAGUACCACUUACAGUGAAAUUAAAAAAAAUAAUGUGCUUUUGUUUGUUAGCAAGUUAUUAAUUUUUUUUAAUCUGUGGUCUCGUUACCAUAUCGUGGCAUUCAUCGUGUUCAUUGUCAAAGGAAGCCUGUUAAAGCGCAUGCAAUAUUUUUCUACUUCUGAUUCUUAACAUCGUACAUAAAAUAGACGGGGGUUUGGUAACUAUGGAAGUGCCUAAGUAAAUUUACUUGCAUCUGUAGUAUUAACGACUGUAAUCCCAACCUCACCCGACCUUAGAGAGUUUCUUUAGUGUGCCUUUAGCGACUAGUACCAAACUAACCAGCUACGUUUGAAUAUACAGAGUUAUGUUCCAUAUUAUCUUUAUACAUUGUUACCGCAUUCUGAGACGUAACCGUUUGUAGUUUGAGUGGUUUUUUCUAUGGCUGAUAAUUUCUUAAUGACAUACCUUUCAUAGUACUACGGAUAUAUAUUACGUUGAUCGUAUUCGUUUUGCUUAUAGACACUCCAUAGGUUAAGUAGGAGUUUUAUAUUGUAAUGCAAAAGCAACCGCAGUGAUAGUACUGUUACACGAUAUUCGCUGCCCGUAUUUAUAGAGUGCAAUUUUUUAUAACUAGACACAUAGUAUAAGCAUUGAUGUACAAAAUAUGAAAUGCGCUCGUUUCGGCACUGUUUUGUAUUUUUUACUUCAUUGUCUACAAAUGUUAUGAUCAUUUUCUCAUUAAAAUAUUAUUAAUAUAUGCUAAAUAUUUUAGCAAAGGAUAAAAUGUAUUCCUUUUCUUUAGUAAAUAAAAUAUUGAAACUUGA